AUGGUGAAUGUUAAUAAAGAUAAUAUCGUAACUAUCCAAUCCCAAGUGUUUGAUGGGUUUUGUGGAAACAAUAUUGCUUCAUUUGUUUUAAGAAGGCGAGGACAUGUCCCAAAAAUUCUGAACACAGUUCAAUAUUAUUCAAAGUAUAAACAUUGUGGUAUGGAAUUAAAUAUAUGCGAUAUGAAAAGUAUUUUGGAUGAAUAUAUAUUAGAUGUGUCAAAUUUAUAUGGCGAUAAAAAUAAUUUACACUUCUUAACUGGGUUUAUUAAAACAAAGGAAUGUGUCGAAUGUGUUAUAAAUACUAUUUUAGAAUUAAAAAAUAAAAGAAUAAACAAAUGUAUCGAUAAUAAUGUAACUAUAAAUGAUAAUACCUCAAGUAAUGCUACAUCAGAAAUUAAUAAUGAAGAAGAAUAUUUAAUAGAAAAUAUAAUAAACAUUAAUUUUUUAUGGAUUUGUGAUCCUGUAAUGGGAGAUGAUGGAAAAAUAUAUGUAGAUAAGGAAAUUGUAGAUGUAUAUAAAAGAUAUGCUAGUAAUGCUGAUAUAUUAACACCAAACCAAUAUGAACUUGAAUUAUUAUGUGAUAAAAAAUUGUUGAAUGAAAAAGAUGUAAUAGAUUCUUUAUCAAUUUUGUUAAAUAAAGGAGCUAAAAUUGUCAUUUUAACAUCUGUUAAAUAUAAUUUCGAUAACGAACAUUUAUUUGUUUAUGUCAGUUUUUUUAAUAGACAAAAUAAAAUGAUUUGCUUUAAAUAUAAAAUUAAAAAAUUUGAUUUUUUUGUUUGUGGAACUGGUGAUUUAUUUUCUUCUCUAUUAUUAUCCUUUAUAAUAAAACAAGGUGGAAGCAUUCUAAAAAUUGUUUCCCAAGUUUUAAAUAUAAUGCAUAAUGUUAUAGAAAAUAGUAUUGGCUCUACGGAGUUGCACAUAAUAGAAAACCAAGAUAUCAUUGCCAGUGAUAAAUUAUAUGGAACUUUGGUUAAUCCCGAACCUGCUUGCAUAUAA